UGUGUGCUACAGGGGUAUGAUAAUUAUAAAUAAAACGAUGAUUCAGGUGAGCUUAGGAAUUUCCUUGCAAAAAUAUGCAUUUAGGAAGCAACCAUAUACAUCUGAAAAAUCAGUAAACCAUUUACAUGUAAAUGGUGGUGUGAUAGUGCCACAAUCUAUCUAAUAUAUCUGCGGCUAGCUAUAAUGUCGCAAUAAAAGGCUAGCCAACCAUUGAUACCCCCCUGCUGCUCUUUACCGCAUUCACUCGUUGCCAUCUGUGUGUCUGUCUGCACCCCACCACAGACCUGGAUCAAAUGGGGAUGGACUGGAUAUGCCAUGCAGAGGAGGCAUAGCAGUAACACCGAUGGCAUGCCCUCAGAAAGGUUCGAGUCUACAUUCUAGGACACAGACCUCUCUGCAGGUUCAUCAUAACCUGAAAUUUCCCACUAAAGAGGAAGGUAGAUAAGACAUGUUACCUUCAGGAACCAAAUUCAUUGAAAGGCAAUGCAGCAAAUAGACUAGACAACAGUCUUUGAACCGUCAAAAGAUGUAGCUGAUCCCCUCUGCUCUCCAGGACCCAUAGCCAAACCCUGGGAUCAUGAAGCAGCCUGGACCAAGGCUUGUUUGACUGUCUGAAGCCUGACUCUCCUACCUCCCCCAGCAGCUCUUCUCCGGCCUGGUUGGGGUCAGGGUUCCAUCUGGUCCGGCGUGCCCUCAGCUAACUUCCAGGCAGUUGGCCUGGUUCUGGGGACUCCCCAAGACGUCUUCAUCCAGAUGACCGUCUCCUCCAGGGAGGAAAGGGGUCCACACCACACUGAGGGUGGGCAAUACCUCCCCCGCCGCCCUCGCAACUUCAUCACCACCAGCCACUCCAGCACUGUACCUCCCUCCUGCACUCGACUGCAGGGGCCACAGAGAGGCAUGGGAACAGGAAGGUGGUCUCGGAGGAGCCCUCUAUACUAGCACCAGCCAUAUCGGAUCUGAAGUCUGUAGUCACCUGGCUGCAGAGGGAAUUCCCAUUCCCCCUGAUCCUCCUAAAUAAAGUUUGUUUUCAGCACAAGCUGGGUAUUGCUGUGUGCUGGGAUGGCCAGCAUGUUUCCUUCGGCAAUUCAACAUUCAAGCACCUGGUGUCGCUACGGGUAGUCUUCACAUUUUAUACAACUUCGAUCUGAGACCAUAACUCUUAUAGUUUUUAGGUUUUUACAUUUAUAAACAUUUGAGCAUGUUAUCUAGUCUACAUAAAUAGCUAGCUUGAGAAUUGGUUCUGGCUCAGCUCGUGAGAACAUACAUACAUUAUUGAUUAAUAAUGCAUUUGAUUAUUUACUAUUUGUCUGUCUGCGUAUCAGGAGGAGAGGUCUGUGGUUGUAGCAUUGUGGAUGAUCAUGCUCCUAUCUAGAAAAAUAUUGUAUCUCUACUACACAUUCAAUGCUGCGCAGUUGUACAACAGGUAUGGUAAAACCAUGUUUCUUUGGUUGUCUCUUCAUAUGGCACUAUAAAAAUGUGACAUUGUCAACCACUGAAUGUUUAGGCCUAUACAUUAGGUUAACUGUUUGAUUUUGUUUGACAUUGUUGUCAUUGAUUUGGUUUUCUUAUCUGUGUGUGUACAGAAUCCGUGUGGUAAUUUAUUCAUACAUUUUUGUCCUUUAUGCUCUAAUGUUAUUUUCAUUGUAUUUAGGCAUAUGUCACCAUGUGACUACGUUUCAUCCCGAUGUUUGCAAAGCCCAACAUCAACAGCUUUGACUUCUUUGAUCUAGGCGAUGGGGAUCACUGACUUUGUUCUCAAGUACUUCACCAUCGGCCCUGUUUCUGGCCAAGAUCCUCCGGGCCUUUAAAUCCAUGCCAUUUGACCUCUGUGGACGAGUAUCAGCCAUACGCAGGGCUAUGGAAAUUCUCUGCAGUUCUCAGAAUGAGACAAAUGACAUUCCCUUCUUUGACAUUGAGUUGCCCUACGAGUUAGCUCUGAAGAUCUUCCAGUACCUCAGUCGGACAGAGCUGGGGCGAUGUGCUCAGGUGAGCAAGGCGUGGGGGGUCCUGGCAGAGGAUGAGGUGCUGUGGUUUAGGAUGUGUCAGACAGAGAGUUAUCACCACGGGGCCUCUGUCUCUGACUCCCCCUGCUGGAAGAGCAUGUUACGAGACUGCAGGAACUCUGAAAACACUGUGCGCUCCAACUGGAAGAAUCGUGUUGGAUCAAUCAGCCAACUGCAGUAUGAGCUGGGGAAAGUGUUGUGUGAUGUCAGUUCCUGUGACAGCUAUGUUGUUGCUGGGUACACGUCUGGGGACGUGAGACUGUGGGACACCCUCCACUGGGACUCUGCAGCCUCCUUCCUGAAGCCAAGCCCCCUGAUGGCAGACGUCACCCCCAGACCUCACGUCAGUCACAUCCGGGUCAACAACACUGUGGCUGUGGCUGCCUAUGACGAUGGAUGUGUGGAUGUGUGGAGCACAGAGACGGGACAGGAGCCAGUCCACCACUUCCAGAUCCCUGGGAGGGUCCACGCCCUGGCUCUGAGCCUGGAGAGCCCCACCUUGGCUACUGCUGCUGGGCUAGACGUCCGGCUGGACCAGCCUGAUGAGAGAGGCUACUGGAGGACCCUCUGCCAGGCCACGCUACCCAAACCUGUGGAGUCUGUGGUUAUGGUGCCAUGGGCCGGGGGGCGAGGAGGGGACAGUGUCCCCCUGGUGGCCCUGUCUGCUGGGGAGACGGUGUUCCUGCUGGCCCCUGAGGACUUGGAACCCCGGGUGCUCCACACCAUCUACGGCCACCCCAUCACCUGUCUGGAUGCCUCGGCCUCUCACGCUGCCCUGGGGGUCAAGAGCUGUGGCUGGGCCAUGAACGAUGGAGGCAACAAGAUCCAUGUGUACAGCCUAGAGACGGGGCAGUCGGAGAUGUCUGUGGGGAACUCAGCGGGAGACUUCUCCUGUGUCAACCUGAGAGACAGCCCUCCUCACAUGCUCAUCUGUGGAAACAAAGAUAGGAGGGUGAGGGUGUUUGACCUGCGCACCGGCUCCUCUGUGACAUCGCUGUAUGCCCACCACAUGGGUGUGACCUCCGUGCAGGCAGACGAUUGGAAGAUUGUGAGUGGCGGAGGUGAGGGAUUGGUCUGCGUCUGGGAGAUGAGGAUGGGAGCUAAACUGUGGGAGAUGCACAACAGGCACCCAGUCAGACACUUGAGAUUCAACACUAGCACUCUGGUGACAGCCAACAUCCCAGACGAGAAGUCUCCACGAGGGGCCUGCAUCACAGAUGACGACCUCACAGCCCACCGCAGACAUAGGGGAGUAAUUUGCCACUAUGACUUCUCAGAGGACUCCACCUCCCAGGACCAUGUUCUGCCCAUCUGCAGGUCCAACUAUGUGGAGUCAUCUGGCUACAACUACAACAUUGGCCUGGCCGUGCCCUAUGACAUCCUGUCUGGCUGUCACCCCUCCCACUGACCCUUAUCACCAGCCCUUCAGACCCCUACUACUAGUACCAUCAGCCCUGCAGACCCCUUCCACCAGCCCAUGUCCUGCCCAUCUGCAGGUCCAACAAUGUGGAGUUAUCUGGCUACAACAACAGCAUUGGCCUGGCCAUGCCCUAUGACAUCCUGUCUGGCUCUCAUCCCUCCCACUGACCCCUACCACCAGCCCUUCAGACCCCUACUAUUAGUACCACCAGCCCUUCAGACCCCUACUAUUAGUACCACCAGCCCUUCAGACCCCUACUAUUAGUACCACCAGCCCUUCAGACUCCUUCCACCAGCCCUUCAGACUCCUUCCACCAGCCCUUCAGACUCCUUCCACCAGCCCUUCAGACUCCUUCCACCAGCCCUUCAGACUCCUUCCACCAGCCCUUCAGACUCCUUCCACCAGCCCUUCAGACUCCUUCCACCAGCCCUUCAGACUCCUUCCACCAGCCCUUCAGACUCCUUCCACCAGCCCUUCAGACUCCUUCCACCAGCCCUUCAGACUCCUUCCACCAGCCCUUCUGACCCUUACCACCAGCCCUUCAGACUCCUUCCACCAGCCCUUCUGACCCUUACCACCAGCCCUUCUGACCCUUACCACCAGCCCUUCUGACCCUUACCACCAGCCCUUCAGACUCCUUCCACCAGCCCUUCUGACCCUUACCACCAGCCCUUCUGACCCUUACCACCGACCCGUCAGACCCUUACCAUCAGCCCUGCAUACCCCUACCACCACCAGCUCUGCAGACCCCUACCACCAGUGCUGUAGACAGUAUGUACAAAGCAAAUCAGCUUUUAUAUAUCCUUUAGAUUUUUCAAACUAAAUCUGAUUUUAAAUAGCUGUCCUUAUUUUAAUUUUUUCCUAGAGCAAUGAAUUCUGAAUGGAUUUCAUCUUAUGAUGGGAUCAUGUUUUGUUAAAGAUCCAGUGCAGUCAAACACGUGAUUUUUCUGUGUUUUAUAAAUAUUUCCACAUUGAGGUUGUGAAAUUUGAGCAUGAUGAUAUUGCUCUUUUAGUGUUUGGUUAGCCUGUUUUGGUGGCAUAGAUGUUUGGCCUUCCAUAGUGAAAUCACCAUGCUGUAAAUUAGUUAAUAGAGCAAUAAGAAAGAUGGUUUCAAACCCCUGCCAAUAAUAGCUCAUUUUCAGUUUUCUCCUUACCACUCCCAGAUAUUCCUAGCAAAAUUCUUGCUUGAGAAAUGUAUCUUUGCUAUAAGCUACUUCUGUUAAUCUUUUACCAUUUUACUGUGAAACAAUCACAGUAAGGUACUUAAUUUUUACCCAGAAAUGAUUUGAUAUUGAGAUAGAAACUGCUGCAUUGGACCUUUAACUAGACAUUGAAGUUGGUACUGACAUCCUCCAUAAAUUGAUGGGCAACAACGGUCACAUGGUCCUUUCACUUAAUUUACAUCAGUGGAAUUGCAGGUGGCAGUCUUAUCUGUCUUCACACGAAGAUGGAAGUAAAACACAAGUAACUCCAACAAUUUUUCAGCUCAUAAUUUCUUUAUUUUUAAUUAAUGACUACAAUAUGUGUAUACAUUAUUGCAAAGGCUAUUACAGGUUCUUUGGAUAUAAAGAACAAUAUUCAUCUAAUGUGUUUAAACAUUUAUUUUAAGGAUCAAUGUUUUCAGCAUGAGUAAUACAUAAACGUGGUUAUUUGUAAGUGGUCUUUGAUUUUAGAGGGUAGAAUGGUGAGACUCCACUGAAAGGACACAGGAAUAAUGAAGCUUGGUGAACUAAAUAAAAUUGAGUCUUCCGUGUAUUCUGAAGCCCUGUCGGAAUGCACUGUGCCCCACAGAGCCAGAAUAAAAGUGACCCUGGAUGCCAACCCCGGUCCUCUCAGUGAUCCACAUGGCGGGUGAACCUCUAGGCAUUCAAAAUGUCUGUACUGUUAUGUAUACAUAAUGCUGACAUGAGAGAGUGCGGAGGGUGGUAUGAAGGGAUUCAUCUGGGGCACUGGAGGUGUAUGUGUUUACUUUUAGCUGAAAGCAUGUUAGUAUUCAGUCACAGGCAAGCACUAAAUACUGCAAGAACAUUGCACGGCACUGAAAUGGAUGCAAAUGUCUAACCCGAACCUUAAAAUAUAGUUCAGCAUAGUUUGUCAUUUUAAAAUGUACAACAUACGUUAUGUAGACAAUAUUGUACACUUACAGUGCCUUCAGAAUGUUUACACACCUUGACUUUUUCCACAUUUUGUUGUGUUACAGCCUGAAUUUAAAACGGAUUGUUGACAUUUUUGUCACUGGCCUAAACACAAUACCCCAUUAUGUUAAAAGUCCAAAGCUCGUCGCCAUUGGACUCUGGAGCAGUGGAAAAGUCAAGGGGUAUGAAUACUUUCUGAAGACACUGUAUAUCACAGUGGAUCUCCCAUCAAUCAUUCAUAAGUUUAAAAAAAGGUAUUUGGCUUCAUCUCAGAGGAAGACCGGAGAGAUUCAUUCUGUAAAAACAUCAGUACCAGAUCUAUUUUAAAGGAGACAGGGACUCAUUUCCCACAUCGCAUGGUUGCAGUGUCCAUGUUUAAAAAGCGAAUGUGCAUCCUCGUCUCAAUAUCGAAGGUUUUAAGAAUCUGUGGGGAGAAAAUGUAAGGGAAUAUAAGACUGAUAUGGCAGUAUUCAAUAUAUAAAGUACAGCAGUAUAUUAAGACACCAAA